UUGACAUUGAAGAAGGUGAGCAAUCCAGCACUGAAAAACUUGCUGAAGAAAGAACCCUCCGAAGAAAAGAUAGAAUAUAUGCUGAAUAAAUUUCUUCAAGAUGUUAAGCAAGGAACCUGGAAGGAAGCUGGAUGGCCUGAGAUCUGGACUGAUUACUCAGUCUCCAAGCUUGCAGUAAACGCCUACUCAGAAUUGCUCUCCAGGCAGCAGAAAGACAAAAACCUGAGCAUUAAUUGCUUCUGUCCGGGCUUCACAAAGACAGCAAUGACCAGAGGAAUGGGAACUCAUACUGCAGAAGAAGCAGCUGAGGUUGCAGUGAAGAUUCUCCUGCUUCCGCCUGAUGAACUGCCCACCGGAAAGUUCUUCAAAUGGCUCGUUCCUUCGUUGUUAUCCAUGCUGUAG